AUGCUAAACUACAAUCAAUUAUGCGGAAAACCUUCUCAUAUGAAUUUAAGUCGUACAGACGAACAGAGAGCGGCGGCUUCUUUACAUGCAUUAUCGCAAAUGUCUACACAUCACAUGCCCCGAUCAUCACCGUCUCCUGUUCAACUCGCCGUCUCACACACAUCACCGGCAUUACAGCAAUUAGUAAUGGGAUACUUUGCUAAUUCUAGACAAGAGAGUCAAGUAGAAAUGGAAGUAUUUAGAAAUGUUCGUCAUGGAAGUAAAAUGAUAUGUGGACAAAUGAUUGAAAAUAAAUCCAUCUGUGCCGUACGUGUUUUGUUUGUAGAUGGAGUGAUGCUGCAAAAACUAAAAACACUUGCAUUGCAGCGUAAAUCUUCUACAUAUUCAUUACCUCAAUCAUCAUCAUCAUCAUUAUCAUUAUCGCCUCCUCUUCGUUCAUCCUCUAUCGCUUCUCCCUCAAUUAAUCAAAUGGGUUUCUCCGGGUGUUCUACAGAUAAGACACCAGAUGAGAUGAAAGGUGAAGAGUUUUAUGGGGAUGUAAGUAAAGUACGUGAAGUUGAUAAAACAUUACCUUUUCAACCAGAAAGUAAUGAGAAAAAGGGGGAGGAACAACAACAACAUCAUCAUCAUCAUCAUAAUAAUGAUAAUGAUAAUGAUAAUGGUGCUACUCAUCUUGUACGUGAAGGGAGUGAAGCUCUAGAGCAGUGUCUAACACGUGAUUUCUUUCAAAUAAUUCAGAGGAAACUUGAAAAGAAAUUACUCUCCAUAUCAGAUGGAGAACAAGUAGAAGAAAUGAUGGGUGAGGAUGCUGUGAGGAAGGCAAAAAGAUAUUGUCUGAGUUCAACCAACUCUUUUAGAACAGAGGAAGAAAAAAAGAGUGUGGAAGAUCUUAUUAGUCCAGAUGCUGGUCAUCGUCGUAGAAUGGCAACACUCUCAGAGAAUGAAUUAGUAGCCUUUAAAAGAAAUUCUUUACUUCCUCCUGGAAGUCCACUAUUAGUAUCUAAUUUAGAGGAUGAUGAAAAUAUAACAACUCCUUUCAUAGAUGAGAGGGUAUUUAAUGCAGAACCUACACAAAAAAACUUAUCCGGUAAUUGUUCUCCUAUUAUAAAUGAUCAUAUGGAAGGUGAUGAAACGAAUAAUGAUGCGAUGGCUUGGCGACUUCCUAUUUUGGGGAUUGCCGUAUUUCCAUUAUAUCCUGAAAAUAAUGAUUUACUUAGUUUAUCCACAUCCUUAACUCCAAUGGCAGCUGUUGGGGAACGGUGUCUGCCCCCUAAAGCCCCUUCUACUACUACUACUACUACUACUACUGCACGACGGCGUUCUGUUCGAGAGAAAGUAUUACCACCAAAGUCCUUAACAAGAUCCAAUACAGCGUUAGCAGAUACUUUACGUUCUAAUCAUAGUAGAUUUUUAGCUUCCCCAAACUUUAAAUCCCUUUCUAAUGCUUUUAAUACAGCUUCACGUUUAGGUGGUAUAUUUAAUGCUGGUAAUGAAACGAAAAAGAAUGCUUCUGAAGAACCUGCUUCUAGUCGAAGUUUUAAUCGUAUUAAAGAUAGUCCUCCAAUAGAUCUUAAUGUCUCAGGAGAGUGUAGUGGUGGUGUUGGUAGAGUUAGUCCAUCACCGCGUGGAGCUCCUUAUUCGAAAACUUCACCAUUAUUUGCAAUUGCCAUGUCUAUGCCAUUAAUCCCACAAGGUAGUGUAGCGAAUGUGUUUAGUGAAUGGAUUGAAUCCAGUCAUCCUUCAUAUUUAUUACGUGAAACUGCUAUUCGAAAUGUUAUUUAUGCUGUUCUUCAACACUUAGCAUCUCUACAUCGUCAAGGGAGAGUUCAUGGAAGCGUUAAGGCAACAAAUGUUUUUGUUAGAGCACAUGUAGUAGAGACUUUAUCUUCUUUAUCUAGUAAACAGGCAGCUACUACAGUAGCAUCUAUGAAUACCGGUGGUGGGGCUAGAUCUACCAAUACAACUGGUGGAAAAGAUGUUCAUGCUGGCAAAAACCGAAGUGAAAACACUAGUGAUAAUAAUAAUAAUAAUAAUAAUAAUAAUAAUAAUAAUAAUAAUAAUAAUGAUAAUUCUAAUGAUAAUUAUAAUAGCCAUGGAGAUGGAAGUGAUGUGAGUGAUAUUAGUGGAAUAGAUAUGAUUGGUGUAAGGACAGGAAUGAAUAGUGGUGGAGGCAUGAUGGGUACUGCUGCUGCUGCUGCUGCUGGUGCUGGUAGUGGUAGUAGUCUCUUAGUCACUGUCCCAACUACUACUACUGCUACUACAACUAUAGAAGGACGUUGUCUUGGAUCUAUAGAUCCAUUAGAAUCUUUAGAAUGGCUUAAACACGUUGUACUUGCAGAUGGAUAUUAUGAACAAGUAGAAGAAGCACUGAUUGCCUCUCUCGCAGAAGAGAAGUCAUCCCCAUCUACAGAUGUCAUUUCUACAGGUCCUCCUACGCGUAGUGAUACGACUAAAACAACCUCAUCUAACUCAACGGUAACUCCACUUUGCUUAAGUGCUGUACAAACAACAGAGACAAUUCAAAGUUUGAAGGAAUUACAUAUUUUUAAAGUGGAAGAACUUGAAUAUGUACCACCACCAGAGUGUAUUAUGCGUGAAAACUCUUCUACUGCUAAUACUACUACUACUACUACACCUCAUAAGAGUAUGGAUUCCUUGACAAGUGAAAUGAAAAUGAAAAAAUCUUUUACUACUUCCAUAAUGGAGAAUACAAAAGUCCAACCUUUAUUUCGACAAACCUGUAAUACACGAAAUCCCCGUUGUUUACUAACACCUGCGUAUGAUAUUUGGAUGGUUGGGAUGUUGGCUAUACACUUAGCAGAGGGUGGGUGUCCAUGGUGGAUGAAGUUACAUCAAAGACCACAACCUAGAUUACGUCGGGAUCCGUGGACGUUGAAGUUCGCCUCAUUUGUACGGCGGUGUCUCUCUGCAGAUCCCACACAACGUCCAUCUGCAGAGGAAUUAUUAAAAGAUAAAUGGUUUCAUAGUGCUUUAUUAGAUCAAACAGGAGGUAAUAGUGGAGGAGGAGGAGGUGGACUCUCCUCUAUGUUUCCUUCUGCAGUUUCCCAACAACAACAACAACAACAAGUGUUACCACAACAUGGGAGUUCUACUUUUUCAUGUGCUGUACGUCCAUGUAGACGAGCGUUUAUUGAUAUUUUGUUAGAAUAUAAUGAGUAUGCAGAAGAAUCUAUUGUGCGGCUUACACAAGCUGCUGCUGCUGCUGCUUCUUCCGAUAACGAUGUGUUGCAGAGCAAACCUUCUUCUUUAAGUUUGAACAAGAACAGUAAAUCUUCAUUUAGUGUAUCUAUGAGUGGAAAGGAACCACAUGAUUUAGCAAUAACUAAUUCCAAAGAAUCUGUUGGUGCACGACUUUUUUCUUCGAAUAGUAAAACUACUUCCAGCAGCACAAUUACCAGAAACAGUAAUAGAAGUGAUAGCCGUCGGUCUACGAGUAGUAAUAGUUUUAGCAUGAAUGGCACAUUAUCAAAUCACAGCGUGAAAAGCGCCGAUGAUGAUAAUGAUUUUUAUGAUUAUGAUUAUGAUGACCAUUAUGAUCAUAAUCAUAUAGGAAGAAAAGCCGACAAAAAAGGGAAUGAUGAUAAAAACUCCAUGAUAUCUCGUCAAUUAAAACCCUUUUUCCUCGGCGCCGUCGGUGUAGCUUUAGAAACAUGCGACGAUGAAGUUCCAUUAAGGAAUGAAAAUACUGAAAUGGAAACAUAUGAAAGUGUGGCCUCACAUAUAAAUAGUGGUAUACACGAACCACAUCCAUCCCUACCAUUUAAUACGGCCUCCAGAGAGGAAUGUUUUGUUUCUUAUGAGAAACAACGAGAUUUAAUGAGUGCUAUUUUACAAGCCUUUUGGAAUAUGCACAGAGAAUGUCGAUUGGCAGCAGAUGUUUGGUGUGUGAGUUUAAUACGGCACAUGCGAUUAGAUGGAAGAACAAUGGAUCUUGUACUUCCACUCAUUACGGAGGAGACUUUACCAUUCUUUGCCCUCACAGAAAGUGAUGUGAACCACACCCAUACAGGUGGAAAUGGAAAGAUAUCAAAUACAAAUCCUAUUCUAGGCUCUACAAGUGUAACAAACACAACUACAAACACAACAGCAGCAGCAGCAGCAGCAGCAGCAGCAACAACAAUAAUAAAUGCGGCUCUUGGUGGAGGAACGGGCGCUAUUCCAACAGGUGGAAAUGGAGUGGGAUCACAAGAUAUACGUGGGACUACAGUUACUACUACGAAUACAAAUACGAAUAUUAAUAUUAAUAAUACUACUACUACUACUCCUGCUGCUGCUGCUAUUUCGGCUUCGGCUACUCCUGUGGCCGCUGCUCUUUCUCAACCGCAGAUCAUUGUGGAUGUAAACCCAACGGCUUUCCAUAACUAUAUGCUUUGUAAGUGGUGUGUCACUACUUCUUGGGCUUUGCAGCAGGAGAAGAGAAAUGAGAUUGUUCGUGAGGGGAAGCGAUAA